GCCCGGGGUGACACUCGUCGACCCUUGCAGCGGGGCACCAGCGAUGGGCGGCACGGAGGCGAGCCCGAGCUGCUCUGGGACCCGCAGGGCAGAGCACCCGGCGGCCCCGAGCGCUGCGGGAGCCGGGAGCGGGGCAGGAACCCCUCCGGGACGGGGUCAGGCCUCGGGAACCGUGAGAUGAGGUGAAGUAUUAUUAAAAAACACCUCCCCGCAGAAUUGCCAAAAUGCUUUGGAAUUCUUAAGCGAUUCAAAAACUGAAGUCUCUGAGGAUACAAAAUCAUAAGAACACAAGAAGCAGCAAGGAGGAUUCAGUGCCAAUGCAGCAACAAAAAAGACAGCCAGAGUUAGUGGAAGGAAAUCUUCCUGUUUUUGUUUUUCCUACAGAACUUAUAUUUUAUGCAGAUGACCAGUCAACACACAAGCAGGUGUUGACUCUAUAUAACCCCUAUGAGUUUGCCUUAAAAUUCAAAGUUCUUUGUACAACUCCAAAUAAAUAUGCGGUGGUGGAUGCUACUGGUGCAGUGAAGCCUCAGUGCUGUGUUGAUAUUGUGAUUCGUCACCGAGACGUUCGGGCUUCUUACUAUGGUGUCAUAGAUAAAUUCCGUCUCCAAGUGUCUGAGCAGAGCCAGAGGAAAGCAUUAGGGAAAAAAGAGAUUAUUGCUACUCUGCUUCCAUCUGCAAAGGAACAGCAACAACAAAAGGAAGAGGAGGAAAAACGAAUAAAAGAACACCUGACUGAAAGUGUCUUUUUUGAGCAGACUUUGUGUCAACCAGGUAAAAACAGAACUGCCUCGUCGGGACCUAGUUUACUCACAGUCUUCCUUGGAGUGGUGUGUGUCGCAGCACUAAUGCUACCUACAUUGGGGGAAAUGGAAUCCCUGGUGCCUCUCUACCUCCACUUAAGUGUGAAUCAAAAGUUAGUAGCUGCUUAUGUUUUAGGUCUCAUCACCAUGGUUAUUUUGAGAACAUGAGCAAUGAGUUCAUAGGAUGUCAAACACCUUACUGUAUAUUCACAUCAUGAAUGUGGACUGCCUUUUGCUCCCAUUUGGCUCAUUAAGAUGCUAGCAAAACUGUUCAGUGAUUUAAGAUACCUUCAGAAGUGUAAUAUAUUUUAACUGUGUAUAAUAAAUGAAAGACUCAAAGCACUUUGCGGUGCUUCUGUAACAGACAGCUAUGAAAUGUUCAGUGAUACCUGUGAAAAUAAUUUGAAAAAACUUUUAUAUCUAUGCCUACUGUAAAAAAUCCUUAUUAAAACAACAUUUGUUAUUUUUAGUCUAUGUUCACAUCAGUGCGUGAUCACUAUAAAAGCAAACUGUCUUCUGUAAAAACGCUCAUUUGGUUUGUGGUUGUACCUGCUGAGACUGGCACAUAACACUUCUGUAUAUACAUACUAGAGGGGUGAGAGUCGUGACUGAUCAUUGAAGAAAAUGAAAAAUUCCAUCAGUGGAACUAUGAAAUAAACCAUGAAUUUUAGGUGAAGAAGUAAUUCUCAAAUUUCUUACUUCAUCAUUACCAAUAUAGCGUUGAGUACUCAUUUUCUUACCUGGGGAAAUAAUUUCUUGCAACAGCCAUUUUAUACCACAAUUAUUAGACGAUAAAAUCAAGUUGUGUAAUCAGAUCCCUUAAUUUCUUAGGGAUGCAUGGAAGUGGCAUUAAUGGUAGCUGAACUCAUACUAAUACAAAAUUAAUAUUUUUUUUCUAUUUUAGAGACCAAACUAAGUGAAAUAGCAAAGGCAUUUCUCUGCAUCCCUCCCCCACCCCCAGCUACCACAGAGACUUUUCUAUCAGAAACUCCUGCUUAAAUGCCAGUUUCAUAUUUGAGGUGAACAUUAAUCUUGUUUCAUACAACAAGUAUUUCCCUUCAUUUGACAUUUCAUUGUCGAGAUGUUAAUUCUAAAAGGGCAGCUAUUACUGAAUUGGAUUCAUACAGACAAAUCUUUGUUUGUAAGAAGUCUAUAGAAUAUGCUCUGAUAUGAAUAAUAAAGUUUGGAAAUCAAAA